AUGCCCAUCUACGAUAAUAAGGCCUACACAAUAUCUUCGACUUACCAAGAUGGCCAGCUCAAGCUCUACACAGUGUAUCCCACGGCCCCACGGGAAAGUGAUGGUCGUCCUGAAUACAUCAUGAGUCAACUAAAAGGUUGGUCAAUGACUAGCGAUUCGGAAACGUUUCGGAAGGGUACAAUCGCCUAUCGAAAUGCUCGAGACUGGGCCAAGGAACAACGAGAUAAAUUUAUCGAAGCUGCGAUUGAACGGCACAUACAGGGUCAAUCCGAAGUUCCUACUGCGGCUGAGCGUGAAGUCACACCCGAACCGAUAAUCACACUGGAAGCCUCUGACAUAGCCACGGCUGAUGAGGCCGCGUUCCAUGAUGCUGCUCAGGACUCGAACAAACGUAUAGAGAGAGCGAGAAACUCGGCCAGCGGUGCCAGCAAGACCCCUCCAAAUUAG